CGUUGUUAUGUGGUUAUGUUUAUUAUUUAUUUUCGUUUUUUCAUUGUUAAUGCGGUAGGAAAGUGAAGUUUUAAACACUAGCUUAAACGUAACUACAAUAACUUGCAACUUACCAUCAUGGUAGGUAAGGAAAUUCUGACAUUACAAUUUGGCCACUACUCAAACUUUGUGGGAACACACUGGUGGAACAUCCAAGAACAAGGAUUUGAAUACAAUUCCAAUAUCCCUUCAGAAAUCAACCACGACGUAUUAUACAGAGAAGGGUUGUCUCCUAGGGGGGAAGUAACUUUCACGCCUAGAUUACUUCUCGUUGACCUGAAAGGCAGUCUCAAAACCCUACCCGAAAUAGGAGAGUUGUACGAACGAUUACCUCAUCCUUCGGAGGUAAAGGUCGAAUGGGAUGAAAAUCUUGUCGAGACACGACCUGGCCCGAGCGAAGUCAAAAACAAGUUCCAGGCCGACUUGGAGGACCCCGAGAAACUGCAGUCUGUAUCUAAAGAAAGCUAUGAUUUUGACAAAGACGCUCGAGUGUGGUCAGAUUUCCUGUAUACUAGGUUUCACCCCAGGACAGUUAACAUUGUGAAGGAAUACCAGCACUGUAACGAAAACACUCCCUUCGAUGCCUUUCCCUUGGGGGCUUCUCUGUGGAAGACUCCUCAGUUUGAGGAAGAUUUCAGUGAUAAGAUCCGAAAUUAUAUAGAAGAGUGUGAUGGGUUCCAAGGUUUCCAUGUUCUUACAGAUUGCACCAAUGCCUUUGGGGGGCUGACUUCUUCCUGUAUGGAACACCUGCAAGACGACUAUGGCAGAAAGUCGAUACUGGUGUUUCCUGUGAUCCCUUCACAUUUUCCAGACAACGAGUACCAAACUGAAGAAGAGAAACUUCAGUCCGUUAUCAUAGAUUCAGUCAGGAUGCUGAACGUGGCGCUGAGUUUCAACGAAUUCACCGAGAACUCGUCUUUGCUGGUGCCUCUUUCUGUCGGCAGCACUGGCUGGAGACAACCUGGGUUGAAAAGGGAAUUCAGGAAUGUAGUAUAUGAUCCUAAACUCCCCUACCACUCAAGCGCCCUCUUGGCCACAGCUCUGGAAACCUUCUCGAUGAAAUACCGUCUCAAAUCCAGCGGUUUCGCUUUGGCAGACCUCAGCGCGGACCUGAACCAGGGUGGAAGGAAAGUAGCUGCAGCGAGUCUCUGCCUGCCGUUCCCCCUCAAAGAGGGAGGCGAUCUCUUGGAGUGUUUGGACAAAUGGGAGGGACCUCUGUUCCAAAGCAUUACUCCAAACUGCACAAUAGGAAACUACCGCGUGAUGCAGCACGUUGCCUUGAGAGGGAUCGCUGAAGAACGAUUGAAGAAACCUUUGAACCAAGCCCAAAAGCAGCGUGAACUGCCAGCCUACAGGUGCGACUCCAUCGAGGAAAUGUUGACUCUCUUCCUGUCCUACACAUCUGAAGCGACGGCUAGUAACGUGACUGUUGUGCAUAAACCCCUGGACGUUCGAAACCCUUUUCCGAGGAUUUUCAACCGCAAUAUAGGGCAAAAUGGAUGUGUGUCGGAAUUUGAGAGAGCGGACGGUAUUGGUGUGGAAAAAGUUCCCGUUUUAUCAGGAUUGCAUACUGGAUCAGAAGUGGGGCAGAUGUUGGAGAAUCUCCACACGGAAGCGAGGAAAAUAAAAGUAGCAAGGUUUCACCAGUUUGCAAGCGAAGGGAUACAGAAAGAUGAUUUUGAGGAAUGCUUGGAUAAUUUAUUUGCCUUGAGGGAGAACUAUGAAGAUAGUUAUGUAAUAUAAGAGUGAUUUUAGAAA